GAGGUCGCGCCAGUCGGGUUUCUGCGCUUGUCGAUGAAGGGUGUGCGUGCUUCUCGGCUCUAGAAUUUUCGUAUUUCGUUUUAAUUUUAUAAUCACAAUUUAAGUUCUUCGCUAUAUUGAAAUUUAUUUGAGUGAUCGCUUUUAAGUGUUGUAAAGUUGUGUGUUCAUUAAUUUAUCGUAGUGUUUUAAGAUCCCUUACUCAUUCCAAAGGCAGCAUGUCUAAAACAGAGAAGUCAUUUCCGAGAAACUUCACAGGAUGUCUAACAUGCGUCCAAGUGUUAAACAUUAUGGUGCUCCUCGGCUUCAUGCUGAACUACGCGCUACGAGUGAACCUGACCAUCGCCAUCGUCGAAAUGAUCAUACCGACCGCCAACACUACCGCCAAUGUUACCGACACGGCCAAUAUUACCGACAUGUUCAAUGUUACUGAGCAUCCACACAGAGAGCAGACCCGUUACCAAUGGGACACGACACAGAAGAACAUGCUUCUCGGCUGCUUCUUCUGGGGAUACGUGCUGACAGAACUACCAGGGGGGCGGCUUGCUGAAAUCAUCGGGGCCAGACGAGUGUUCGGCUACAGCACCCUACUAGCCAGCAUCCUCACCCUCCUAAGCCCUGCUGCCGCCGCUGCCGGUUUCGGGUGGAUUGUGGCCCUCCGAGUCCUCCUAGGCUUCCUACUGGGAGCAACGUGGCCAGCCAUCCUGCCUAUGGCUUCCAAAUGGAUUCCACCAAUGGACAGAUCGAAGUUCAUGUCUAAUAUGAUGGCGUCUUCUCUCGGUGCGGCUAUUACUAUGCCGAUCUGCGGGUUCCUCAUCGCGCAUCUAGGGUGGGAAUCGUCCUUCUACUUCACUGGGAUAAUCGGGGUGAUGUGGUCUCUGGCGUGGUUCGCUGUAGUAUACGACUCUCCCGCCGAGCAUCCCCGCAUAUCAGACACAGAGAGGAACUACCUCUUGAAAGUUCUUCCUCAGGACGAAAACGCGAAGAAAGGACACAUGCCCGUCCCCUGGUGCCAGAUGCUCACCUCCCCUCCCGUGUGGGCCAUCAUCAUCACUCACGGUUGCUCGGUCUUCGGAUACUUCACCGUCGUCAACCAGCUGCCUACUUAUAUUGAGAGCAUCCUCCACUACAGCAUCAAACACAACGGCCUCCUAUCCUCCCUACCCUACCUGGGCAAGUACCUGUGCGCGCUAGCUUCAUCCGUGCUGGCAGACAGCCUUCGUCGAAGCGGCAGGAUGUCUACCACAUUGGCCAGGAAGCUGUUCACCGGUUUCGCUGUCGGACUACCCGGAGUCCUAAUGGUCGCACAAGCGUUCUUCGGCCACGACCGAGUAUGGUCGGUCGCCAUCUUCACCAUCGCUCUCACCAUCAACGGGGCAGUCACCGCCGGCUACCUCGGCAAUGGACUCGACAUCGCUCCCAACUUCAGCGGAACCAUUUUCGGGAUGGCGAACACGUUGUCUUCGAUCGGCGGGUGGCUGUCUACCUUCAUGGUCGGAGAACUUACCAAACAACAUAACACGUACGCACAAUGGCAGAUAGUCUUCUUCAUCCUAGCGGGCGUGUACGCGGUGGGAGCGCUCAGUUUCACCAUCUUCGGGUCCGGCGAGCUGCAGCCCUGGAACGCGCGCCAGCCAACCAGGGAGCAGGAACCUCUCAACGAUACGGAGAAGGCGUAAGACAGAAGAUAUACUCUUAGAACCACCCCACACACAUCUUUUGAGCGUCGGCAUCAUAGACAUAGUAUAUACAAGUAGUUAUAGACGCGCCACCGAGCGACCGGGGGUAAGAGAAAAAAUAUUCAUAUAAAAUUUGGGCAGCAUAGGAUUUUUUCUCUUUCACUUAUAAAUUGCGGUAUUUCGCCAUCGCCUAUGACGUAUGAUGCCACCCGGUCGGUGAUAAGGACAAAGCAUGGCACAAUUUUCUUUAUAGGAAUCGCAAUAAGACUAUCUUUCUCUAUCAAUGAGUGUCAGGCCCUUGGUCGGCAUCUAGUUAGCGCUAUGGAAAAUGGCGUCGCUGCGCAGUUGCACCAACGAGCAGCAGCCAUACAGUUGACUAGACGCCGACGCUCGGGAGACGCUAGUGUGGGGUGACCCUUAAGCUGUGUUUUAAUUUAUAUUCAAACUGUACGUAAACUUGAAUGUAGUAAAAUAUGGACCAUGUUUUUGCUAGAACAGCUAAUGAUAUUAAAGGGAUUAUUUUUUUAACAUCAUAACACAAAGGUUAGAUUGAUAUUAACAUUUUAAAUAGGUAUGAAGUUUUUUUUUUUCAAUUACUUUUGUUACAAUUUUCAAAGUUUUUGUUCUACUAAAAACAACUCAUGAUAUACUAGAUUAGUAGUUUCAUAUGUUACUGUAAUAAUCUCUUUAAUUAUAAAGUAAAAGUACGUUUAAUGUAAAAUUUUGUUUUAUAGCUACAAAACAUCAGUUAAAACAACAUUUCCCUUUAAACUAACAAAAUUUUUCGAUUAUAUUUUGUCAAAUCAAAAUAUUCGAUCGAUUAAAAUCAAGCGUAAGAAAAUAUUCUUACCACUACACGCAAAAACGGUAACUACAUUUUCUGAGCUAAAUGAGAAAAAAAGGAAAAACUCAAAAAAAGGCUGUUAAGUAUAAGAAUGUGAUGUAUUUAUUUACUUUCGGCUAGCGCAGUGAACUACGCAUGGUGAGUCCUUUACGCGACCAAGGCAAAUAUUACUGACACUACUUUUUCAAUACUGUAAAGUACUCAUGAGUUUGUAUGACUAUAGUUUGAGUAUUUUUAAGAUGUCCGAAUCGUAAAAAGAGACACCAUAAAAAAUGAAGUAUACUGCUUAUCCUCCUAAAGCUCACGGUCCUACCUAUGACUUAAAUAAGUUCGAUAAAAUGUAAACCUUCAAUAGGAACAGUUAGUUGCAUUUGUUUUGUUCCAGGAACAACAUAAAAUCAACUCAUGUUUCUUACACUGAAGAUUCAAAUUACACUGAUAAAUUUGCUGGGCCUUAGGCGGGUAUAGUAAAAUUUGUAUUCUAAAUCUUUACUUCUAUUAAGUAAACUAGGUACUUAUUAAAAUUGUACAAAACGCGGCUACUUUAAUUCGAUCAUUAUUUACAAGAAUAAAACUACCUAACGAAAUUAUACACGUUACGCUAGGUCGGUAGAAUGAAGACAUUGUAUUUUUGCGUAGUUUUCUUGAUCAAUUUAUAUACUUUAUAAUUUUUUUCAAGUAAGAAAAUUUUUUGAAAGUGCUUGGUCGCUUAGAGGACAUUCGUUCAUAUGAAACCCGACUCAUUGUAAAAAUGAUUAUUUAGAUAGAUAGUAGAGAAAGGAACGAACAAGUAGUAUAUUUGCCCUAAUACGCAUUACCCUAUUCGAUGUAUCAUGGCCGAAAAAGAAAGAACUACUGAAGACAGACUACUGAAUUUUAACUUUUCAAAAAACCAGAGACAUGUAAUUAUUUCGACGCAAAAAUGAUGCAAAAUAUUGUAGAUACUGAUUUGAGAGCUACAAUACAACCAUAAUUUGUACAAUUUUUUUCGUCUUCUUAUUCUUUUGUCUUUAAAAGAAGACUUCUGAAACUUGAUUUUUUUCUCAUGAUAUAUCGUAUGUUAGUAGGGUUGUAGAAUCGAUUAGUUCUGUAAUAGCAGUUUUCCACUAUUUUUUAACUGAUUUUAUUUUGACACGUCAAAAUGAACUGAUAGGUUAAAGGAAAGCUGCAGGGACCAAACAGGGCGAACUAUGUGCUUGUAACAUACGAAUAAUAAGUAUUUUUUGUAUAAAUUAACUAUUAUUUAUUUAGCUGCAUCUUGUAAGUUCAUAGCUAAUGUGGUGUAACUGAGCUUGCUAGCAUUUCUGUGUAACAACAAUCCUUUAACUUUGGACCCCAAUGACUACUAAAGUCAUCUUGAGUAGCACCCACAGCGCAAAAAAUUGUACCAAGUGUUAUUGCGUACACUGUCAAUAUUGUCAAUGUAACCUUCAUGCUUUCAGCUAAGAUCUGUAUUGGCAUGCUUGCGUCCAUUAUUUUGGCGUAUUAGUGACGUUUUACAUGAAGUAUGGCGGUCAAAAGAUUAAAAAAUAUGCAUCAAUCAUUUUCGACGGGUAAUAUGCAUGAUUACAUAUCUAGCGGAUUUAUCAAACUUUUAUUUUUCCGUAAUGCCUCCACAAAUAUCAGCGAUAAUCGCAUGCGAUUUGCAAUACAAUGCGGCAUUUGAUCGAUCGAUUGAAUUCGUUCCUUCUACUAAGCCAGCAAUUAUCUAAAAUCGCAUGCAAUUUAUUGCAACGUCUGUAGAAGCCUUAAGUAGCAAGCAAGGCUCCCAGUUACACUAACCAUAGACAAGUCUCGUUACUUUUACCGUAAGACGUAGAUAUAAGAUAUGAGCCAUGUUUGAACUAGCUUUAUUACAAGGGACGAUGCAUUAAGUUUGCAUUUCGACAGCUGUGAUAAAGAGACAGUCUAUGGCAUAUUUUUUCUCUAGAAUAUUCUGUGCGGUCUCAAUUAAUUCUUUAGCACACCCAGUUUUUUAGUAGAAAAAGGCGGCAAAUUUAAAAAAUAUAGGCGCGAAGGGUUGUCUUUCCAAAAAAUAUUAAAAUUUCGCGCCUUUUUCUAUUGACAAAGUAGAUGUGUCUGAGGAUAUGAACGUACAUUUUUUUAUCGGUUUUGUAACGGCUACAAGCAGUUCCUAAAUUACGAUCAGUAUUUGGAUAUGGUUUUAGUCGAAUUUUAUUUUUCGAAUAUCAUCUCCAUAGACAAAAUUCGUUCUCCUUCCACUGUUGCAGGGUAAAUAAAUCCAUAGAGUACAUUAAAAGCAAAAUAGUUAUAAUAGUAAGUAAUUUUAUAUUUUGUCUAUGGAGAUGUUGUUUUUAAUUUUAAGAUUUUUUCUUUUGUAACUAAUUUAAAUACCUAUAAGAUAAAAUGUAAUACUGAAUCGUACCAUUUUUAAUCGAAACAUACAUUUCA